UAUUUCUCUCAUCAGCAAAUUCUCCUAUUGCAUUUUGUACUUUCCCAAAGAAGAAAGCCUUUAAUUCUUUACCAAAUAUGGAGCUCAUUAUCUUCCUUGUUUUCUCAUUUCUCAUCCAUGGAGCUCUUGGUAAUGGAGAAAUUGUAUGUGAAGAUUUGUCAGUAGGAAAGUGUGCCUACUCAGUUGAUUCCUUAGGGAAAAGAUGCACUUUGGAGACUUAUGAAUCAAGUGAGGGAACAACAGGAUAUCAAUGCAAGACCUCAGAGGUAGUAGUCGCUAUUAAUGGAAUAGCAAAUUGGAUUGAAAGUGAUGAGUGCAUAAGUGCUUGUGGAGCUAACAGAGACUCUGUUGGCAUUUCUUCUGAUUAUCUUCUUGAAUCAAGUUUUACCUUUAAGCUUUGCUCCCAACAAUGUUACCAAAAGUGCCCAAACAUUGUUGAUCUUUACUACAACUUGGCUUUGGGAGAAGGGGUAUAUUUGCCAGCAUUUUGUAAGGGGAAAAAAUUAAACGGACGCCGUGAAAUGAGCCAAAUCCAAAGUUCAGGUGCAGCGUUGGCACCAGCCUCCGACGGAUAUGGCCGUCAAUUGACUGAAGGCCCCGCCGCCAGUACUGGAUACGGCGGCGGAUAUGGCCGUCAGUUGAGUGAAGGCCCUGCUGCAAGUCCUGCAAUCACAUUCGAUGAUAUGGAUGCUGCUGCCCCAUGGUGAUUCUGAAGUAAUAUACCACUGCUGAUCAGAAGUUUCUCCUGUUGCAUUAGUCCUAUAAUGUGGCCAUAUUACUUAGGAGUUCAUGUUGCUUUGUUCAAAUUUUCCUUAUUGUUGUUUGCUUUUACUUACUAAAUAAUCUAGAAAUAUUUGGGGAUUA